CGAGCACGCGUCCCGGGCGCCGCGGCCAUGUCGGUGGACGCCGGGGAGGCGGCGUCGGAGGCGGGAGAUGACAGUCUGUCUGCGGUCACCUUUGAAUCUGACUUGGAGACGAAAGCAAAGAGGAAAAGUUCCCGCAAACCCUCAGCUGCAUCGCCAAAGUCGCCUUACCAGACGAAAACUAGAAAAGUGGCAUCCUGGAGGCCCCUGAGGGCAGCAGCCAGCAUGCCUCUCGGGGCCCGAGCGUCCCUGACCCCCCAGAAGCUAUGGCUGAGCAGCUCAAAGCCAGUCAGCCUGGCCCAGUCCCUGAGGUCAGACCUUGGCUCCGAGCACCCGUGGACCAGCCCCCCCAGGGAUACUCCCGACCACCUGGUGGAAGCGCUCAGGAUGAAGAGGGCCACCCUCCGGCGGUCUGCCAGCAACGGUCACACUCCGGGAACCCCCGUGUACAGGGAAAAGGAGGACAUGUAUGACGAGAUUAUCGAGCUGAAGAAGUCACUCCACGUGCAGAAAAGUGACGUGGAUCUGAUGCGGACAAAGCUCCGGCGCUUGGAAGAGGAGAACAGCAGGAAGGACCGGCAGAUAGAGCAGCUCCUGGACCCCUCCCGAGGCCCCGAGUUCGUCCGGACCCUCGCAGAGAAGAGGCCCGACGCGGGCUGGGUCAUCAACGGGCUGAAGCAGCGGAUCCUCAAGCUGGAGCAGCAGUGCAAGGACAAGGACAGCACCAUCAGCAAACUGCAGAGUGACAUGAAGACCACCAACCUGGAGGAGAUGCGGGUCGCCAUGGAGACGUACUACGAAGAGAUUCACCGUCUCCAGACUCUGCUGGCAAGCUCUGACACGACGGGACGGAAGCUGCCCGGCGAGAAGAAGGCCGGUCUCAGGAGGCAGAAGAAGGCGGGGACCGCGCUGCUGAGCCUGUCUCGGAGCGUGCGGGAGCUAACCGAGGAGAACCAGAGCCUGAAGGAGGACCUGGACCGCCUGCUCAGCAGCUCCCCCACCAUCUGCAGGGCCAAGGGCUACGUGGAGUGGAGCAAGCCCCGGCUGCUGAGACGCAUCGCCGAGCUGGAGAAGAAGUUAAGUCCAGUGGAAGCGUCCAAGUCCCACGCGCCUGACUCGCGGGCAACUUCGGCCUCCAGCCCCACUGCACACAGGCAGCCCGAGGAGACAGAGCGUCUGCGCAGUGCCGUGAAGAGCCUGCGGAGUGAGCGCAGCGCCCUGCAGAGCCAGCUGCUGGAGAAGGACGGGGAGGUGCGGCAGCUGCUGCAGACCAAGGCGGACCUGCAGAGGGAGCUGGAUGCCCUGAGGGGCAGUGAGCCCGAGAGCACACGGCAGGAGCAGGCUCUGAGACGGGAAGUGCAGACGCUUCUCAGGAAGGUCCAGGCGCUGCAGGAAACGGUCACAGCAGGGCACGAGGAGCGUCUGGAGGGGUCUCCUGAGGCCCCGGGAGAGCCCCGUGCACCUUCUCUGCCCGGCGCAGCCAACCCUGGGCCCAGCGCCUCAUCUCGGCCUCCCUCCUGCUGUGCCGAGGGCCGGCGGGAUGCGGCUGCCAGGACCCUUCAGGCCCACUGGAAGGCCCACAGACAUGAGGCGGCAGUGGUGCUGCAGGCAGCUUUCCGGGGGCACCUCGCGCGCACAAACCUGCUUGCCGGCACCACCCUACCCCAGCGCACCAGCUCACCGCACCGCCCCAACAAGAGCCCCCAGGAUCAGGACCAGGAGGAGGCUGUGAUCAUCAUCCAGUCCGUCCUGCGGGCACACCUGGCUCGGGUCGGACCCCCACCCUCUCCGCGCAGCACUACCAGCUCGGGGGCUGUCCCCAGCGCGCCCCAGAGGAGGCCUGCCACAGCUGCAGCCCCGGAGCUCCCCCUGGCCGGCCUCCAGGAUGCUGGUGAGCCCCUCUCUGUCCCCCCGUGGCCAGCCCCCCGGGUGUGGGCCAGGAGCUGCGGGAGGCUUGCAGGUAAGGACGGCGAAGUGAGCAGUGGCGAGAUGGUGAGAGCCUCAUCCUGUCCCGGCUGGCCCGCACCCUCAGACAAUAGCAGCUCCGACGACUCAGACGAGGUGGUGAUGCCGCCCUCGGUGCCCAGAACGAAGACCACCGCCCUGGCCUAGCCCCGCCGGCGCCCCCUCGGGCCGAGGCACAGAGAUGCACUGGCGUGAUUCGGGAAGAGAAGAACAGGACUCAGUUCCGCCGCGCGUCUGCGGAUUUUCUCUUGCUUUCUGCUCAUUUGGGUCAAAGAACCCCCAGAGCCUUUGUUCUG